AACCAUGAUCUGGUGGACUCCCAUAGUGGUGGUGGGACUUAUGCUGCUUAAAAGAGAUUCCUUGUGCCAAGGAUUUAGCUUUAAAUUGAAUAAAACUAAUGUGACUGCCAAAGAGGGCGAGUGUGUUCAGAUCGAAUGUACCGGUUCUGGCUAUAUCAGGGAUACAUCUGCUACCUGGUUCUGGUUUAAAAAUGCAAACUUCAAUAAGACAUUGAGAAAAUUUCAAGGAUACCCAGUGGUGUAUAACAGCAGCACCAACAAGGUCCAUCAGGACUUUGAGGGCCGAGUGACGGCCGAGUUACCCAAAUUCUCCUACGGUAACAAAGAGUGGGUCCUUAAGAUCUGCUGUCUCCGCAUGAGUGACAGCGGUAACUAUUCUUUUAGAUAUGUAGGUGUAGAUCUUUUUCACACAGAGCCUGUGGCGAAGCUUCAAGUUAAUGAAAAUCCAUGCAAAGUCAGUUUUCAGACAAGUAAAAUAUAUUUGAAUGAAUCUGAUGUGGCCGUCUUCACCUGUUCAACUGCAUCGAGUUUGUGUGGCAAGCGACCAAACAUCACAGGGCUCCCGACGCACGCCACUUUGAAUAGAGAUAGCGGUACAAGCACAGUGGCCACGCUCACGGUCGUCUCAACGGACCACCAAACAGUACUGUCGUGUGGCGUACCGGGGCUCAUCAACGAGUGUGUCCGCCAGAACAUCACCCUGACGGUACAGUACACUCCUAGGAAGCCCAUUCUAUCUGGGACAGGGAAAAAUGUGACUCUGGGAGAGUCUCUAACACUGACCUGUUCAGCUGAGGCGUUUCCUGCCCCGACUGUCUACACCUGGUUCCUCCACAAGGACUGGAAGAACGGGAACACCAACUCUCCAGGGUGGCUCAAUGGGACCUCCAACGACCGGCUGGAGAUCAAGCGUGUAACGAGGGCUGACCACGGCUGCUACCAUUGCAGCGCCUCCAACCUCCUUGGAAGAGGGAAUGACAGCAGUAGCUACUGCGUCGAGGUACUCUUUGCUCCCGCCCUGCCGGUUCUGUCUAUGGUAAAGUUGGCCACUGAGGGGGAGGAAAUCACUAUCCACUGCAAUGUGGAGAGCUGGCCCCUCCCCUCCAGCCUGAAUCUGUCAUGGAGCUCCGCCAAAGAUCCCAGCAUGCAUCACCUCCUCCACCGUGUCUCCAACGCAGCCUCACUGACCAAGAGGCUCAAUGUGACGUCUGCCUCGGCCGGUCGCUACACCUGCAGAGCUCAGAACACCCAAGGAUCCAACCAAUCGGAGACGGACUUAACGGUCAACUAUGCUCCUCAGAAUGUGAGUGUUACAGCGAAAAGUUUGGAACUGACUGAGGGGAAUACCCUGGAGCUGUUCUGUGAGGCCAAGUCCUUCCCUGCUGUCAGCAACUACCGCUGGACCAGGACCAGGACCAGCGCCGGCCAGGAGGAGGUCGUAGGAUCCGACCAGAAACUGAACCUAACGUCGGUCACUUCGGCCGACCAUGGGGGGUACCGCUGCAGGGCCCAGAACCUCGUGGGAAGCAGAGUGUCCCGAGAAGUUGGGGUGACAGUGAAAUAUGCUCCCAAAAAUGCAACGAUAACAGUAUUGAGUGGGCAGGUGUACGAUGCUGGCGCUCCAAUUCAACUGAGCUGUCGUAGUACCAGCUAUCCACCUGUCGAUUCGUACAAGUGGUACAAGAAGUUGCACAACUUUUCAAAUGUGGAGCCUGUCCAGAUGGGUCAAAACCUGACCGUCCGUCCAGAACAUCCCGGGAUCUACCACUGUUAUGCCUCCAAUGAAAUAGGCGGGACAGAUUCCAACCCGGUCCGAUUGUUCCUCAACACACGGCAUCUGGUAGAGAUCCUCUGGGCCAUUCCUUUUGUUUGUAUUCUGGUGCUGGCAGUGAUCAUAUACCUGGUCUGCAGGCACAAGAGAAAAAAGUUAGUUUCAGAAGGCUCUCCAGACCCGCUGUCUCGCCCGGUGACCCCAAUUACUGAUGCUCGUGGCAGUAGAGAUGACCUUCUGCCAAACCAAGGACGCUCCCACACAUGCCACGCCUUCUCCCAGGCACCCCAGUCCACUGCUGCUGGUGCAGAGAGACUGUCCGAUAACGACACAGUGUACAGUACAGUCCAGCUGCCUACUGGAAAGCAGCCAAUCAGAGGGGACCAUAGCUACGCAGGCGAUGAAGUAAACUAUGCUUCCUUGCACUUCCCUACUCAGGGCCUUCAAGGGUGUUCCCCACCAGCAGCGAUGGAAAAUGAUGUGUAUUCAAAAAUAGCCAACAAGAACUAUGAGAACCUGGACGUGGAGGACAACCAGAUGGUGGACAUCGAGCUCAACUAUUCCCAGGUCACCUUCAUGGCAAAGAAGAGCAAGACCAGGAAGAUCAAGAAGACUACAAGAUGAGGAAGAAUUGAAAAUGAGGAGGCCUACCACGGUUUGAGGAGAGGAGCAGAAUGUGGUACUAUUUGUUCUGUUCUAUAUGCUAAGCAUCAUUGCAGCUCUUAUUUUAACGUGCAUGCUUAACAGCUCAGGUCAGGGUUUCAGUUAAUCCCUGAACCCUAACACGCAUUUCCUGUUGUUGGGAAUCUAUCUGUAGGGAAUUUAUCUAUUAAGCAAGGGAUGAUCUGCCACUUCACGCAGAAUACCUGGUUAAGGGUUUACUGAAGCUUCACCGGUCAGUUUGGUAGAACUGGGACCCUCUCAACAUCAAGCGUUGAUGUCCCCAAAUACACUGUGUGAUUCCUGAGUGUGAAUUACAGGAUGUGAUGUGGGUGCUGGAUCAUGAGACAACAGGAACUGCUUCACUGUGUCUUGCUUCUGCUUUCUAGCAGGAAAAAAAAACUCCUCACCAUUACACAAACAGUCUUUUACUGGCGCUAGCAUUGCAUACCUUUAUGAGUGAAACAGUGGAAUUGUACCAUUAUGCUGCAAGAAUCGCAAUGUAACUGACUAAUUAUAUAACAUACACAAAUACAGGCUACGGUUAUAAAUAAAGAAGUGAUAUAAAA